AUGGUCAAAUUCGGAUUUGUCUCUUUUGUACUGGGAAGUAUAGCCCUUCCAGCAGUUGCCUUUGAUAACUUGGAAGAAAUGCCCGAGUCUUGGUGUUUGACCUACCUAUCGACCUACCUUGUUACUAUAUCGGCCGCUGCAAGCUCACCUACAAAGGGCCAAUUUCCCAGCAUUGAGUCUUCUGCAAGCUCAGAUGCUUCUAUUGUUUUCAAUCCCUCGUCAUUAAACUUCCCAGAAGAAACUUCUUUCGCAAUAAGUAUGACAACAAUAGCGAUUGAAUCAGCCCCUCCCUCCUCGACUACGAAUCCCAGUACUGAAAGCGAACCCAUUGUCCUCCGAAUUGUUCCUGGCAACGCCCCCAUAUACUUCAAUGGAGAAGACUACAAAGUAUUCGGUGCCGCGAAUGGAGAGGUUCCUAGUGGCGCCAUUACUAGAACCUUUUUCCGUGAUGGUGGUAUUCUUCGAUUCCAAAACUCUCGGAUCGUUCCCAAUGGCGAGGCCGGCUUUUGCCAGACCCCGUCAGAUGGCCAGGUUUACAUAACUUUUUCUUCUCAACCCGCUGGGUGUAUUCCAAUCAAUCCUGUUGUUAUUGGAGUCCAGGAUUGUCAAGACGGAGUUGAAACUUCAAGCGUGAUCGCUACUAAUAGUGAGGCCGAACAGAUCCCAUCUGUUUCAUCUUCUGGACCGAUCAUCUCAGCCUCCUCAUCCUCCGAAAGCGCUACUCCAGAGAUCACAACGCGCCCUGAAGCGGCUGUGACAACACAGCCAAAUGGAGUUGUAACUACACACAACCCCAUUAUAGUGUCUAACCCAUCAAGCACCUUCCAGUGGUCAAACAUCUCGGCUUCUUUCGAGCCACCGCCGAGGACUUCAAAGUCCUCCCUCAUUCAUUUCAGUCCUUCCAUUUUCACAUCUGGUUCAAGUACCUCGAUAGAAGCAGAUUCUACCACUGAGGUUAUUGAACCACAGUUGUCCACCACUGAAGGGCUGACCUCUACUGAUGCUCUGCCAACUUCUGAGAUUGGGACAUCAACUGAGGAAACCAGCACCGCAGAUCUUGAACCCACAACUGAAACCGCAAGCAUCGAGACUACUGUAUAUACUACUACUACUACUACUACUGAGUUAACAACAUUUCCUACUACCCAAGAAACAACAACAGCAGAACUAACUACAACCCAGGAAACAACAAAAGACACUACAACUGCAGAGACGAUAGACACUAAUACUGAGGAACUGACAGAAAACCCCACCAGCACCAUUCUCACUUCUGCUCUUGACUCAACAACAGAGACCACUACCGAAGCAGCUAUGACAACCACUACGGAAUCUUCCGCGCAAAUCGUGUGCCCUUCCAACCCUCAACAGUGCAUCUCUACCUUCCAGAUUCAGUGUGAUACUGUCAUCGGAGGCAUUCCUCUAUCUUCUGGCUCCAGCACUUUAGAGGAGUGUGCUCAAGCCUGUUUUACAGAUCCAUCUUGUGUCAUCUUUACUCAUUCCGGAAGCCAAUGUUUCUCAACUUCUGACUCCUCAGAUAAUUCAGGAUCAUUUGCACUUCAAGACUGGUAUGGAAUCGAUCUGGAGAUUUACUGA